AUCGUUUCCCAGCUCUAAAGGGAGGUAGUCUCCUCUUCGUGGUGGCAUAGGGGUUACGGGCUUUUGGUCGCAUGCGAAAAAACAAAUAACGAAGUAGGCCUGAUAGACCCAACCGUUUGAAAAACGGUGGAUCAAACUAAACCACACACUUUGGUUCGGAUCGUAGACCAUUAAAAAUGAUUUGGUAUUGUCCAUGGUCUGUGUUAUAUUGUGUUUUGAUAAUUUGGUCUGGUCUAGACGUGGUUUUACUGGACCAAACUGUGGACCCAACUGACUUUCCAAUACGUGUUAGCAGACCACUCGAUGACUCUCCGAACUCCUCCAACAAGACCCAAAACUCAACCCUAAUUUUGAGAAUCUCGUCCUCUCCUUCGUUCACAAACGACAUUUCACCAAUGAGUAGAUACGACCUUGUCUCCAUGACAUUAUGGCGAAAGUUAGGAUGCUUUGACUUUGUAUCUUUGUUAUUUAUUAGAGAUUUAGAGUGUCAAAAUUAUUCAUUUGUGUUGGAAUUUAUGUUUGAAGGCAAAAUAAUAAUUUUUUUCUUGAUUAUUGGUUCAACUUUUCGUGUGGUUGACUAAACAAAUAGUUCGAUUUUCGUUCAAUAUGGUCUAUUUGUACCAGACUGUACCGGACCAAACCGCACAGACAUGGUCUGGUACAGACUGUAUAGUAUGUGGCCUGGUCUAUGAUCUAUACUUCCACUUCUCGAUAUUAACCACAGACCAUACGUAUGGUCCAUUCUGGACUAUACCGCACUGUUUUCCAGCUCUAUAUGUUAGUCUUGAUGACGUGGACAUCCUCGGCUUCCAUUUCAUAUUACGUGGCAUGGAAAACGCUUAUAUAUUUAUCAAGACAAGAUUAACAUUAAGGUGUAACGCUUAACAUUUCCUUAUUGUUACGGGUUCAUACUUCAUAAAGAAAAUUUAUCCACAUUUGUCAGUUUUUCCCCCCCAACUUGGACAACAAUAAUAAAUAGAAAUUGUCGCACACGAUGUCAUGGCUCUAAAACACGUGUGUGGCCUCUCCCAUAAGCAAAUGUAUCGGCUAUGUCGAUGUCAGGAAUUCCAUCUUGAAGUAUUCUCAACUUGACAGAGUACUCUCUGAGGAUUUGGAUGCACCGUCCGGCGCAGUACAUCCACCAUUAUCAAACUAGAUAGAAAAGGAAACAAAGAAGACAGCUAAAUUGCUUAGCUAGGGAGGAUUAAGAAAUCCAUGGAUUCAGAAUCAGAAUUACCAGCUGCUGGGAUGAGCAUUGGCAGCUCCCUACUUGUCCCUAGCGUUCAGGAAUUGGUGAAGCAGCAGGAUUUGGCCACUGUUCCACCCAGAUAUGUUCUUGAUGAUCAGGAUGUUGCUUCACUUCAUCAGCAGCAGCCUCAGCUUCCAGUUAUUGACCUCCAGAGCUUGCUCGAUCCAGAGUCCAUGGAUUCUGAACUCGCCAAGCUCCAGUCCGCCUGCAAAGAUUGGGGCUUUUUCCAGUUGGUAAAUCAUGGGAUAAGCAGUGGUCUGUUGGAGGAGAUGAAGGCACAGGUUCAGGAAUUCUUCAAUCUGCCAAUGGAGGAGAAGAAGAAGCUGUGGCAGUUUCCAGGAGAGGUUGAAGGGUUUGGACAGACGUUUGUGGUCUCCGAGGAACAAAAGCUGGACUGGAGUGACAUUUUCUACUUGGUCACCCAGCCACCCUAUCUGAGGAAGCCUCACUUGCUCCCUAACCUCCCUCUUCCUUUCAGGGAUACUGUAGAGCAAUACUCGUUGGAGGUGAAGAAUCUGGCCUCCACCAUCCUGAAACAUGUUGGAAAGGCUUUGAAGAUCGAAGGGGACGAGGAAAUGAAGGAUUUUUACGAGAACGUGAGGCAGACGAUGAGGAUGAACUACUACCCUCCAUGCCCCAAGCCAGAGAGAGUUAUGGGGCUGACUCCUCAUUCGGAUGGCACUGGUCUCACCGUCCUUCUGCAAAUAGGUCAAGUGGAUGGUCUGCAGAUAAAGAAAGAUGGGAGAUGGGUUCCAGUCAAGGCAAUUCCCAAUGCUUUCGUGGUCAAUGUUGGUGACAUUCUAGAGAUCAUAACCAAUGGAGCAUACCGUAGCAUCGAGCACCGUGCAAUGGUGAAUUCGGAUAAGGAAAGGCUCUCGAUUGCCUGCUUCCAUUCUCCAAGGUAUGAUGGUGAAACCGGGCCUGCUGCUAGCUUGAUCACAAAAGAGACUCCGGCUCUUUUCAAGAAGGUGACAAUCAGAGAGUUCUACAAUGGCCUCUUUUCCCGCCAGCUUGACGGCAAGGCUUACAUCGACACUUUGAAAAUCCAACACAACGAGAAACCUUGAUCGAAGCAGGGAUAGAAUGUGCAAGGGUUGAACAAUCGCAACGUUCCAAGUUUGAGUCAUGUGACUGACUCUCUCUUUGGUAUCCUCGAUUCCAUUGUGGUUUCUUGUAAGCGAAGAAACCGGAGAAUUCCGA